ACUUUGACUGCGACAACACAUCCAUCCUAGGACAAGCCGAAAAGAUAUAGCGAAAAGUGUUUUGUUGCCACAAUCCGAUGCCAUUUUGAGUUACAAAAAGAAUACAAAGAAAUUACAUAAAUAGAGGUCAUCUUCUGUACAAGUGUCUUCAAACCCAGCCCAGCAGGGUGUCCCAGGCCUCCAACAGUCCCCACUCCAGGUAUAGCUACAAUGACCCUGCCAAGAGUCCAUGCCUCGGGCCUACCACAGUCAGGAGCCCUCAUUCCAGGCCCCCGCUCUGGGCACUGCCACUUGCUGCAGGAAAUGACCCACCGAGCACUGCUCUGCUUUCCCCAUGAUGUCAGACGAUGAAGAAAGAAAGAAGGAAAGAAAGGAAGGAAGAAAAAGAUGAGAAAGGAGAGAAGGAGAAGGAUGCGGGCGGUGAUGCCAGUGCCAUCACCAUGGAGAUGAUAACUCUAAUGAUACAAAGCCUGGUUAGACCCCAUUUGGAGUACUAUGGGCAGAUCUGGGCACCAAGCCAUAGGAAGGACAGAUUGGCCUUGCAGGAAUACAAUGUAGGUUUCCAAGAAAUGAGACCUGGACUUCAGGGAUGAAGUUCCGAAGAGCGAUUAUAUAAAUUAUGUCUGCUUUCUCUAUAUUUUAGAAGGUUAAGGAGUGAUCUGAUCAAAAUCUUCACGAUAUUAACAGGUGAAGACAGAGUAAAGAUUUGGGGAUUCCAGACUGAGGGCAUCAUCUGAGAAUUAGGGCCAGACUGUUCAGGAGAGAUGUUGGAAUGCACUUACACACAUAAAAGUUGGGAGAGAUUUUGAAAUCUUUUCCAUAAAUGGAAGUGGAUGCUGGAUCACUUGUUAAUUUUAGAGAGAGAUAAUUUGCUGUCAGCAGAGACAUUAGGGGUAUGGGCCAAAGGUAAGCACAUGGAGUUGGGCCACAGAUCCGCAAUAAUCUCACUGAAUGGUCGGACAGGCUCAAGAGGCUGAAUGGUCUACUCCUGAACACAAAUGUAGAGAACUUGGGUUAGACUCUGUCUUGAUUCCUCUGUUCAGUUCUGGACUCCAUAUCUCAGGUGGAGUAUAUCUCCAUAUACUUCCCCAAAUCAAAUUCUUAAAGAUUAAUUGGACAUAGAAAUAAAAAAAAAUUGAAGGAAAAUACAUGAAAACAGACUUAGUGUGAAAGCUGGGUUCUGAGGAAGGGUUAUUAGAUCUGAAACAUUAACUCUGAUUUCUCUCCACAGAUGCUGCCAGACCGGCUGAGCUUUUCCAGCAAUUUCUAUUUCUGUUAGCGUAAAAGCAGCCUGUUUUUGCUGGAAGGAGAUUCCAGAGGGUUGGUGCCAGGAAUAUAAAACCUCGGGACUAUAUGAUGGAACUGUGCCCGGGUAGCACUAGUUAAGGUAUGUCCAAGUUACAACUCACUAAUUAACGCUUCCCUUUCUUCUGCAGUGAACACAAACACCAUCAGAACUGUCGGAAGAACACAUCAGCUGGAGUCACAGACCCUCUCCUGAGCCAUUAUCAGUCCACCUUCAUUCAGCCUCUGCAUCCCCAACCCCGGAGCAGCAAGAGGCCAUUACGCACACCCCCGUAUCAGAACCCACCCGCCAUGCAGGUGGAAACCACACAGAGAUCCGCUUUCAAACAGAAACCACUGGGACAACAAGGACAGCUCUGUGCCAAGAAGAAACAUUCAGCAGUAGGGCAGGAAUCCGCCCGCGGUAAAGCAGUAAUGCUGAAAUGUUCAAGAAGCAGCAGCCUCCACUCCAGCAGCUCAGCUUCCUGUCACAGCAACAAGAAAGCAACAUUUCCAGCAAGGCCUCCUGCGACUGCAGGUGUUCAUGAUCUGAAUACCACUUACAAAAUCACAUAUCAGCCUUUACCUAUUGAGAAAGGGAACCCACCCAGCAAGAAACGAGCCAAGCCAAAGUCUGCUCCCAUUGAGUCGAUCAGCACCUAUCGCAAAGACUAUCCCAUCUACACAACUCAGGCUUUGAGACGCCGACCACUAAUCUUCCAGGUGGACAACCUGCACAUCAACCGGCAUUUACCUGCGGACUUCAACACGAUUCAGCGAGAUUCAUACAUUGGCUGGGACACUAACAAAUACCCCCGACGUGAUCCAAUCAUAUUAAAGAACCAGUUGAAACUGGAAGGGACCAUUGAUACCAACACAGUGACAAAACUAACAUAUACAGGGGAACCAUUCAAUGACGUGCAAGAUCUGAACCGACCCAUGACGAUGCAGAGUGCUUGUGGUGGUAAAUUCCAUAGUGGAACAGCUUAUACAAACUCCUUCAGGCCUUGGGAGAUGCGCUCCAGGGUUCGCCACGGCGACGUUCAUGAUGGAGCCUAUGUGCCUCCUCCAGGAAAGAUUGACAAUACAACAAUCACCAAACAAGACUUCACUCCAAAAAAUGUCUGUGAGCCAAAGGACUCAACUGGCCAGAAAACCAACAGCUGGACUGUCCGGAAGGAGGCGUCCAGUCCAGCCCGUCUCCCCAUGUGUCGACUCGAAGCCUACCUACUUUACCAGCGCCUCAAGGGUAUGAAGAUCUCACGACCCCCAUCUGUCGCUAUGCAAUGACACCAAGACUAGCCCUCAAUACCAUGAUAUAGAGACAUCCAGCACCAAAACAGCUCUCGAGCCACCAAGGCAUAUUGAAACAAAAAAUAAAAAUGAAGAAGAACCAAUUGCCUUCAGUGUCAUCACUAGCUGAGUCCGAGAACACUCUCCAGUUCUUGAACAGCAUUGAUAGGGGAGCCUCACCUACAGAUUGCUGCAGUCAGGGCAACAGCUCACAACACCACCUUAGGCUAACAGUGACGUUCCCAGCUGAACCCCAUUAUUUCUUCCUGAGAGUAAUGAAGAAUGUUUAUUUGGUGUUGACUUUUUGAAUGCCCAUUAGUGCUGCAAAGUUCCUUCAAAACAGACGUGGUGACUGUACCUGCUGAUUUAGGGCCAAUAUUAUGUACAUUUGAUCUUUAUCC